CCCGUCCACUAUCGUCCAGGACACUACAACAUGGCGUCUAUACGGCCCAUGACCAUUAACGAUCUGUUCAAGAUCAGCACCACUAACCUAGACCAUCUCACCGAAACCUACAAUGUAGGCUUCUACCUCGAGUAUCUCACUAAAUGGCCGGAUCUCUGCCGUGUCAUUGAAGGCGUAGACGGUAACAUCGAGGGCUACAUCCUAGGAAAAGUCGAAGCCUCGCCCUAUCCUCCGCCCGUCUAUCCCUACGACCCAGACACGAACACAAAUCUAAACUACCUCCCAUGGCACGGCCACAUCACCGCCCUCACUGUAGCGCCCUCUGCCCGUCGACUGGGCCAUGCGACGCGACUCACAGAGAGUCUGGAGCAGCAAGCUGACGCUAAUAACGGCUGGUUUGUGGACCUCUUUGUGCGGAAAGAGAACACUCUUGCGCAAGAACUCUACAGAAAGAUGGGCUAUUCGGUCUACCGCUGCGUAGUCGAUUACUACAACGAUGGAGCCGAUGCGUACGACAUGCGGAAGCCCAUGAGUCGCGACAAGGGCCACAAGCACAUCCGAGAUAACGGUGAAAAAUUUCGCGUGGAUCCCCAGGAUGUGUGGUGAGAUUCCUUUCGAUCCUUCGGGGGUGCUUCAGUAUGUCUAGUUGUAUCUGAAAAUCCUCGGGGCUGAUUUAGCCUUUGGAAAAUGUUAUAUUGUGCUUUGAGUUUUCUCGCCCUGUUAGGCUACUGCUGCCAGUGUCGUGUCCUGCCCAAGCUUGUACAUUGUUCCAACCUAAUCGGCUCGCUGUCACGUGCUUCUUGACCUUCACGGUGACGUAUUGAGGCUGUUGUUCUGUAUUCAUGCAUUCACCGCGUCCGAAUCAGGAUAGCUAAGCGAGUAUCCCUUCUUCGACUCUAUUUCACGUCCUUCGUCCUUCCACUCG